AUGGAGUCUCUGUGUAUCAGAUUCUGUGUAUCAGAAUUGCUGGUAAUUUUUACUGGCCUGAAAAUGGGGCAACUGGAGGUGAUGAGACAUCUAGUGGCCUGGCUGUUGUUAGCUGUCUGCAUGUAUGGACUGAAUGCAGACUUGACUUCCUAUUUCCACCCCCCAAAGGAAGAAUUUUUUGAGCAAAACUGCACUUUUCCGUUCCUCUAUAAUGAGGUGAUCUAUCACAGCUGCACCUCUGUCCACAGCGACUUUGAUUGGUGCUCCUUUGAUUAUUCUUUCCAAGGAAGGUGGAGAUACUGCAACGCACUUGAUCCUCCAAUGUGUAUCUUCCCUUUCCAAUUUGGAAAAAAGUUCAUUAGUGAAUGUACCAAGGAAGGCUACAUUUUGAGUCGGAGUUGGUGUUCAUUGACUGACAACUACAACAGAGACAGAAAAUGGAAGCAAUGCUCUCCCUACAAGUAA